AUGGGAAAUCAAAGCACAGUGGCAGACUUUAUCCUCCUUGGUUUCCCACCCAUUUGGGAAAUGAAUAUCACUUUGUUUAUAGUCGUCCUUCUGCUCUACAUUUUGUCCAUUGCAGGCAAUGGUCUCAUCAUUGUCAUGGUGAGGGUUGACCGUCGGCUCCAGAAACCUAUGUAUUUCUUCCUUAGCAACCUCUCUUUCCUUGAGAUGUGGUAUACCACUGCUGUUGUCCCCAAGAUGUUGGCCAACCUUCUCUCAGCAAAGACCACCAUCUGUUUCUACUGCUGCAUGGCACAGUCAUACUUCCACUUCCUGUUUGGCAUCACAGAGUUUUAUAUCCUCACUGUCAUGUCUUUUGACAGAUACUUAGCCAUCUGCCAACCACUGAGGUACACAAGCAUCAUGACUACCAGUGUUUGUCUUCAGCUUGCGUUGACUGCCUGGUUUGGGGGCUUUUGCACCAUCAUUUUGCAGACAGUAUUGGUAGUGAGGCUUCCCUUCUGCCACUCUAACAUUGUCAACCAUUAUUAUUGUGACAUUGGGCCAAUGUUGAAAAUUGCAGGUGGUGACACACAUCUCAUUGAAGCUCUUGGUUUUCUGAUUGCAGUGGCUGUUAUACUGACCUCUCUACUCUUAACAAUGGUGUCUUAUGUCUUCAUUAUCUCCACAAUUCUCCGCAUCCCUUCAACCAGUGGACAGCAGAAAGCCUUCUCCACCUGUGCCUCUCACCUGAUUGUGGUCAGCAUUUUGUAUGGGGCAGUCCUUUUCAUAUACUUACGACCUUCUGCUGCGCACUCUUCAUUCAGCCUCAACAAAGCCAUCUCUGUGCUCAACACUGUGAUUACCCCUGUGCUCAAUCCUUUCAUAUACACCAUCAGGAACAAUGAAGUCAAGGAGGCUUUAUGGAAAGCUUUAGGAAGGAAGCUUAUUUUGGGGGUGCUUGGUAAUCAUGAACUGUGUUGA